UCCUGCUGUGACUCCAACCUCUUGUAAAAGUAUGGGCCCGGCUUUGUUUGCAAUUACUGUCACUCCUGUUGUUGAUCCUCGUCUGCGCCGUCCUUGAAGGAGACGCGAUUACCCCGCGCACUGAUGCCAUCAGUCCACCUCAGAAGAUUUAUACUCUAGGUCGCUACGGAGUCAUCUCCUCGUCUGCUCCUUCGUCAACAAGGACGCACUAACGAUCGGUACAACCAUACUUCGACUUCAACCAUUAUACUUAUCUUCUACAAUAUCCUUUCUCCCAGAUCUCAUAUUACCUUCGAAGGUCCUCCUCGAUCCAGUCGUCACGAUGUCGGUCGAUAUCCUGGCGCCACCAGGAGACGUCCUACACAACUACAUUCAUGAGAAGCGUCACGAUGAACAACCAGAAGAAAUACCAGAAAUAUUCCGCGAUGCAAUGGCUGUCCGGGAGGAGGUCUUCGUCGACGAACAGGCCUGCUCGUUAGUCAACGAGGUUGACGACGACGAUGCACGCAGCUGGCACUGGGUCGUAUACGUCUCCGUUGCGAACAACCGCAAGAACAGCAGCACCAACAAUGUCGGACAUGCAUCCGAACGCAAGGACUCUGCAGAUGCGAGUGCGACCCGCAAGCCCGUCGGUACUCUCAGACUCGUGCCUCCGCCGCAUGGAAAGCAUCCACACGACGGCGACUUCCAGCCCACCCCUGCAUACCACGAACCAUACGUCAAGCUCACUCGUUUGGCGCUCAGCAAGGAUUAUCGUGGUAAAUAUGGUUUAUCGAGACUGCUCCUUUCCGAGGCGCUCAAUUACGCGAUCAAUAACGCGGCGCAAAUAUAUCGUGCUCCCAGUCCGGCCCGACUGGAGCAGAUCAAGUUGGAGGGCGAUGCGAAUGGCCUGGAAGAGGGUUGGAAGGGGCUUGUAUUGGUACAUGCACAGAAGCAGCUCAAAACGUUUUGGGAAAAGACAGGUUUCACACACGAUGAGGGGUUAGGAGAGUGGGAUGAGGAAGGCAUCAGACAUAUUGGAAUGUGGCGUAGGAUACCACUGAAAGAGUAGAAAAGCGGUUGAGAGAUAUGUGUAAGGUUUCGUCUUAGGAGAGAGGACCUCGUUUGAUACCCAUAGUAGUACAGCUACAUUUCCUUGAUAACUUGGAGUGUGGAGGUUUUCGCGAGACCAAGUCAGCAUACAUAAGUAGACCAAUUCAGCCGUAUACUAGACCUGUUUAUGAUAGACUAAUAAUAGCAAAAUGUUCAGC